AUGUCGAUGACAUCCUAUCCCCCCUUUCGACAUCUAGCCCAUGCUGGAAGAAAACACAUUACUGCCAAAUUCUGUCCGAUUCUCGUUCCAUGGGCUUUUGAGCAACGAGAUCUUAAAGACAAGCUAAGCGCGAGCACCUUCCGAAUCGAAGAUGAAAUGAAAAGACGCAAUCCGGAUAUUCUACAUUGGAAAGUCAUAUCUAGCAUUGUCAAACAAGUUCCGUACGCUGUUCUUCGCAAUCGCGCCAAGAUGAGGUUUGCCAGUGCCUUUGGAACAGCAUUAAAGUCCCAAGGCUACCAUGACAAUGGCCAGCCUCGUAAGGAUGCCAUGGAUGCGUCGCAAGAGCCUUUGCUCCCCUUGAAAGGCACGCUUGAGAUCUACCUGUUUAUAAAAGACCCAUUGACAGACCCUUUUCCCGACUUGGUGGCAGAGUCAGCUGGCAUAAUCCAAGCCGUGAAGCGCCAUCAGAUAUCGUUUAGGUCGAAUGACCAAAACAACAAAAUGGGUUCCGCCCUAAAUCAAGGACCCCUGAUUCGCCGCAUUCAAUCAUCGUGA